AUGUUUGAAGUACCUACAAUUGACUCCACCAAGAGGAGUGUGGUUAAUUUCAAGAAACUUAGAUACCAAUACAUGAACCAUAUGUAUGAGAGGAACAGAUAUAACAAGAAUGGACAAGGGCUGCCAACACCGGUGUCCUCAGAGAAUGAGAUGAAUGCAAGUGAGGAUGAAGUAUCACAUAAACGUGUACGCAAGAGAUGGAGACGUAUAGUUGGUGAAUCAGUCAGCAGUGAUGAGGAGGAGGAAGAGGAAGAGGAGGACGAGCAAGAGCAAGAAGGAGAUGAAGAGAAGAAGUAUUUUAGUAGAUAUGAUAAACCAGAGGAUAGUUUUGAGAGAUGGGCUAGUAACACCAAACAUCGCAAGAGCAUCAACAGGAAGAUGAUGAGUUAUAAGAAGUACAAUAAGCUUACUAAAUAUAGUCGAAAAAAAAUCCAGGUACCAUUAAUCAGAAGCAAUAGAAAGUUACAAGAGAACUUCUUAUCAGUAAUCGAUGGAUACGAGUUGAUCGAUGAUAAUAUCAAUCUCAAAGAAAAUUUCACGAUGGUUAACGUCAAACUUCUCACCGAUCUGAUGUAUGAGAGUAUCUUUAAAGAGAACUGGAAGAUUGCAUAUAGAUGUUUUACACUUUUGAUAAGACUACCAAAGACUAGCAUCCGUAAGAUAUGGAACCUUGGAAGCAUGAUCAUCGAGAACCUGGAGGGGAUCAAUAAGACCAUUGAAUUUUUAAAACUAUUCAAUAACAUUCACUCCAGGUACAAGAAAAAAAUCUUCAAUCAGACCGUGAACUACAGGGAAGCACCUGUAUUUAACGAUGGUUCGAGAAACAAGACACCAAUAUAUAUAAAGACACUGUUAUGGAAAGAAAUAACAACAACGAGCACAAGCUCUAGGACAAGUUCAAACUACAACGAGCUCAUCGAGUACUUGUCUGAAUUGACAUUGAUCCCUCCAUUCAUGGAAGACAGCGAAAUAUGGUAUAUAUAUGGGAUAGUGCACUUGCAAAGGGCGAACGAGUUGUCGAUGAACCUUGAGCAUUACAUCGACAACAGCUCGUCUAGCAAAGACAUUGCCAACAACGAAGUAGUGCAAAACAUCAAACUUGCACAAAAAUUCUUGAAAAAGGCCAAAGAAUUGAGCAAGAUCGAAGUUCCCGAGAGACAGAUAACGCUAAUGAUCAAGAACAUUGAGGGCAGGAUGAUACAUUAG